AUGACAAGUCUCCUGGUUCUGUUAGCGAUUUUUAUUGGAGCAGUGGCUUCUCAUGGAGGUGAUUACCACGGUAGAGGUAAUGGCGGAGGAAACGGCAGAGGGGGGAGCAACCAAAGUAAUAGAGGCUGUGACUCUGGCUGGAAACGCUUCAACCGUCCAUCCGGUGCCUGGUGCAUUCGUAUAUACCGGGGAACUCACUCUCAAGCUGACGCCGAAAACCGUUGCCGCCAAAAUGUGGGGGCCACGCUGUCAGGAGUGCAGAAUCAAGUGGAGAUCAACUUCAUUACUAAAUCCGCUUUGGAUCUAAUCUCAGAAGCCAGUGGAUCUAUAUGGAUCGGGGGAAGGAGAACCCAGGCGUGUCGGAACUCGGCUCUGUCCACUUCCUGCGGAUCCUUGAACUCUUUCCAAUGGACGGAUGGAUCUACGACAGGAACUGCUGGCUUAGUAUGGAAUACUAAUCAACCUGAUAAUAAAGAUUCAAGGAGUCAACAGUGCUUAGUGCUCCUUGCAUCCCGUGCUUCCUCGAUCCAGGAUAAAUGGACAUGGUACGCAAAUCGGAUGGAUGAUGUGCAGUGUGCUGCUUCUGGUGGGGAGAGUGCUGCAAGAGCUCUGAGAGCCUAUGCUUAUAUGAACUUUAUUUGUAAUCCUUUUGCAAUCCUUUAUUUUUCAACUCAAUUAGGCUUCUCAAUUAGGUCGCAAACUUUCCACAAAUGUAUCCACGAACACGUCUCGGGUUAG